CCCAGCGGCGGCGGCGGCAGCAACAGCACGCCCGAGCGAGACAGAGACCCAGACAGAUUCUGGACGCUGGGCUCGUCGGGAGGAGCGACGGCGGACCGACCGGGCUGGCGGGGCGGAAGCCGCACAGGACGAGGCCACCGCUCCGGAGCUCCCUGGAGAGAAUUGGAAGCAUCCAAGGAUUCCCAGCUUUGAAUGACAGGUGCCAUAAAAGACUACCAUAGCUAAACUGUGAAGCCUGACUCAACCUAAAUUGCAAAACUGAAGGAAAGAAAGUCCGUGCAUAACAGAUGUAUGUGUGUGUCUCUCUCACUGUGUGUGUAUAUAUAAUACACACAGAGAAAGAUUAUCAUAGCCAGACAGACCAGCACUUCUCUGAUUUAGGGAUUGUGUGCAAUUGAUGGAAAUUUACUCAAGCAUCAGAUGGAACAACCUGUCAGCAUAAGGACCAAAAGCUCUUGGAAUAUCAUCUGGUACUAAUGGUCAGUUUUCCAUACAGUUUGCAGUGUGAGAAAAGAAUUUUAAGAAUCAGCAGAACACCCUCUGCACAGCAAAUGACACAAAUACCUCUAUGAAAUGAGGGCAUCUCUGAGUGGAGAGGAGAUCAAUAUUGUCAUCAUCAUAAGAGGAAUAAUGUUCAAGCCUUCCAUACUUUUCAGUUCAAUUUGAACGUGCUUGCUAAGUAAGUAGUGACAAGUAAUUGGGUAGUGAUGACUGGAAGAAAGCAAAUUCUGGAGCAGUGGGACUGAUCCAGGGUUUGAAUUUGAGAAGCUCUUUUAUCCCAGACUGAGCGUUGCAACUUUGUAAUCUGUUACUUUUUCCUCUCUGCCCUGCUUUUGUUUUUGUCCUAUUUCUUGACAAUGUGGUACAAGUACUGAUAAAUAUUUGCUCAUAAAAAUUCCUUGAGACAUUUGGAACAUUUUUUUUAAAAAGAUGUUUUAACAUCUGCAAAUGUGUUGAUUAGAAUUAUGUCUCUGUGCUGUAGAAAAGCACCAAAAAGGACAGGGCAUAUUGGACAAGCAAAGGGACAACCCAGGAAACAAUAAAAGGAAGUGGAAGUUGCAUAUAUUGUGGGGCUCCUGUAUCUCUUUUUAGUUGGCUGGGUUUUUUUCCCUUCUUGAACCCUGCAGGAUCAACAAACAAAAAUGCAUUUGAUGCACUUUUGGUUCUUACACUUUUUUUAAAAGAAGGAGAUGAAAAGCUCAUCCUAAAAGUCUCUUCUGGCAGGGAGAAAGGAGAAGGAUAUAAAACAGUUCAGUAUUUCGGCGGAAACUUCUUGGUUCAUCUGAGGCAAAGGUGUCUGCUUUUAGGAGCUUAAAAGCUUCAGAGAGUUUUAACAAAUGCCUGCUAAAUGAGAAGGCGCUUUCCUUUUCAUGCCUUUGUGUGGCAACAGGGCUUGAGGAAGGAGGCAGGACAGCGUGAUAAAGUUGGAUACCAGUGGAGUUGGUGCAGAAGGUAUCAGAUGCCAAGGAAAUGGGACUACCUUUGGAUUGCAAAAACCGUUGGGUUGAACAGUGAACAGCAGAGUUUGGAAAGGGCUUUUCCAUCUGGUCUGGCGCGUUGUUAACUGCAAGGAAACUUUGGUUUGUGGUCUCACACAGUCUGUGUGCCUUCCCCCUCCCUCUUCUUUAUGCAAUCUGUUUCAGUGUUAGCAGCAGAAAUUUUGUCUGUUGGGAAGAUAUGCCAGAGGGCAGCUUUGGGGAAAGAUGAAUGAAUGUCCCAUAUAUGUAUGUAUGAAAAUCCAACUGGAGGAAAUCUUUUUAAAGCCUUAAGUUACUUGAAACCUACACAUCUGCAAACCUUUGUCUCUGGAAUUGCAUAACGUUAUACUGGAAAUCUCAGGCUGUAUGAUGAUCAUAUACAAUUGAGCAACGCCUCUUCUGCAGUAGCUUUUUCUCCAAAGGAUACGUGUACCCUCACUCUGAAGACUCCAAACCAAGAUGAACCUGAUUUGUUUCCAUUUUUUAAGCAUUAUGUUUUCUUAGCCAACUGUCAUUUUUAUAGAGAAAAUUUUCACUAUGCAUUUGGUGGAUAUUUAUAAAAACUGAUCUUCACCUCUCCCUCUACCUUCUUGUAUUCUGAUCUGUCUAAAGUUUUGAGCUUAUCAAUAAAACAAACAAAAAAUCAACCUACUUUUACUGCACUGGAUAUAGUACUCUCUUAUGUCAGAAGGGAAAAAUACAGCAAAGCAUGUAUGCAGCAGUGGAACAUGGGCCCGUUCUCUGCAGCGAUUCCAACAUCCUCUGCCUCUCUUGGAAAGGCAGAGUUCCUAAAAGUGAAAAGGAGAAACCUGUAUGCCGGAGGCGUUAUUAUGAAGAAGGCUGGCUGGCCACAGGCAAUGGCAGAGGAGUAGUAGGCGUUACCUUCACCUCCAGCCACUGUAGAAGAGAUAGGAAUACACCACAGCGAAUCAACUUUAAUUUAAGGGGCCAUAACAGUGAGGUUGUGCUCGUAAGAUGGAAUGAACCGUUUCAGAAGCUGGCAACCUGUGAUGCAGAUGGAGGAAUAUUUGUUUGGAUUCAGUAUGAAGGCAGAUGGUCUGUGGAGCUUGUCAAUGAUCGUGGAGCACAGGUGAGCGACUUUACAUGGAGCCAUGAUGGAACGCAAGCGCUUAUCUCCUAUAGAGAUGGGUUUGUGCUGGUUGGGUCAGUCAGUGGACAGAGACAUUGGUCUUCAGAGAUUAACUUGGAGAGUCAGAUCACCUGUGGCAUAUGGACUCCUGAUGAUCAACAGGUCCUGUUUGGCACUGCUGAUGGUCAGGUGAUUGUCAUGGACUGCCAUGGCCGAAUGCUGGCACAUGUUCUUCUUCAUGAGUCUGAUGGCAUCCUUAGCAUGUCCUGGAACUAUCCAAGCUUUUUGGUAGAAGACAGUAGUGAAAGUGACACCGAUUCAGAUGACUAUUCACCACCACAAGACGGUCCAGCUGCCUAUCCAGUCCUGGUUCAGAACACCAAGCCACUGCUCACUGUCAGCUUCACAUCAGGAGACAUUAGCUUAAUGAACAACUAUGAUGACUUGUCUCCUACCAUCAUCCGCUCAGGGUUGAAAGAUGUAGUGGCUCAGUGGUGCACACAGGGCGACUUGCUGGCUGUAGCAGGCAUGGAAAAACUAAGCCAACUAGCUGAACUUAGCAGCACUUCCUUUCUGAAAAGUGCACUGGUCAAGUUCUACAAUGUUCAUGGAGAACAUAUCUACACACUGGAGACACCUGUGCAGCGCCCUAUAAUCUCAAUCUGCUGGGGUCACAGGGAUUCACGACUGCUCAUGGCUUCUGGGCCUGCCCUGUAUGUUGUCAGAGUGGAGCACAGAGUAUCCAGCUUACAGCUCCUUUGCCAACAAACCAUUGCUAGCUCUUUGCGGGAUGAUAAAGAUAUCAGUAAACUGACUCUGCCUCCACGGCUCUGCUCAUACCUCACCACUGCCUUUAUACCAACAAUCAAGCCUCCUAUCCCAGAUCCCAACAAUAUGAGAGACUUUGUUAGUUACCCAACAUCUGGUAAUGAGAGGCUCCACUGCACAAUGAAGAGGACAGAAGAUGACCCAGAGGUUGGAGGGCCUUGUUAUACAUUGUACUUGGAAUACUUGGGUGGGCUGGUGCCUAUCUUGAAAGGACGGAGAGUUAGCAAACUGCGACCUGAGUUUGUCAUCAUGGAUCCUAAGACGGAUGGAAAAGCAGAUGAAAUCUAUGGAAACAGUUUGAUUUCCACUGUGAUUGACAGCUGCAACUGUUCUGAUUCCAGCGAUAUUGAGCUGAGUGAUGACUGGGCUGCAAAAAAGUCUCCCAAAAUCACUCGAGCUAGCAAAUCCCCCAAACUUCCCAGAAUUAAUAUUGAGGCUCGCAAAUCUCCAAAGUUAUCACGAGCUGCUCAGGAGAUAUCAAGAUCUCCCAGAUUGCCAAUCAGGAAGCCCUCCAUAGGUUCACCAAGCCUAACUCGUCGAGAGUUUCCUUUGGAAGAUAUCACUCAGCACAACUACCUUGCUCAGGUCACGUCAAAUAUUUGGGGAACCAAAUUCAAAAUUGUGGGUUUGGCUGCUUUCCUACCAACCAAUCUUGGUGCAGUGAUCUAUAAAACCAGCUUGCUGCAUCUCCAACCCAGACAAAUGACCAUAUACCUUCCAGAAGUGAGGAAGAUUUCCAUGGAUUAUAUAAACCUGCCUGUUUUUAACCCCAAUGUUUUUAGUGAAGAUGAAGAUGAUUUGCCAGUGACUGGAGCAUCUGGAGUCCCUGAGAAUAACCCGCCUUGCACUGUAAACAUCCCCAUCGCUCCUAUUCAUAGUUCAGCGCAAGCCAUGUCACCAACUCAGAGCAUAGGGCUGGUUCAGUCUUUGCUGGCAAAUCAGAAUGUGCAACUGGAUGUCCUUGCAAAUCAGACUACAGCUGUGGCAGCAGCAGACCAUGUGACGGACAACACAGUCCAUUACCCAGUCCCAAGCCGGUACUCCAACCCAGGGCAGGUCAUCUUUGGAGGAGUAGAAAUGGGACGCAUUAUCCAGGCGCCUCCUCCGUUACCCUUGCCACCUCAGGGUGCAAUCCAGAUGGCAGUUGUAGACCACAGAGAUGGCGACAGAGACCACGAACACCUCCAGAAGGUGAAAACAUUGCGCCCAGUUCCGCAAGUGGCUGAAGGGGAAGCGGCUGUCUUCAGCCCUGCUCAAGAAAUUCAGAUGAACAAAAUGAACCCUCCUCCUCCGUACCCUGGCACCAUACCAGCAGCUCCUACCACAGCACCUCCUCCUCCUCCCUUGCUACCACCUCAACCUCCUGUUGACCUCUGCUUGAAAAAGGGAGACUUCUCUCUGUAUGCAACAGGACAUUAUCAAACUCCUCUGGGCUAUGAGAGAAUAACUACCUUUGACAGCAGUGGGAAUGUUGAGGAGGUGUGCCGACCUCGGACAAGGAUGCUCUGCGCGCAGAACACCUACACUCUGCCAGGCCCUGGCAGUUCUGCCACACUAAGGAUCACAUCGUCCGAGAAGAAGAUUCAGCAGCCGUGUACCAGCGCAACCUUGAACAGGCUUACGGUUCCACGGUACUCCAUUCCCCCUGGAGAUCCACCGCCCUACCCAGAAAUUGCAGCCCAGUUGUCUCAGGGCCGCGGCAUUGCACAAAGGCUGGACAAUAGCAUCAUUCAUGCUACUCUGCGGAGGAACAGCAGAGAGGCAGCACUGAAGAUGGCUCAGUUGGUCGACAGCCAGAGAGCCACUCUGCAGCUCCCACCCAAACUGAAGAGCAAUGUUGUGGCAGCCCAGUACCAGCAGAGGGUGCCAACAGCCUUGUACACCUGUAGCCAGUGCAGCAGUAACGGCAGCGGCGGCAGCGGCGGGAGCAGCAAUGCUGCUAAUGGUGGGAGUGGGAACAUCAGUAAUGCCAGUGCUAACAGCAACACAUCUGGCAUCGGUGGCACACGGCCAGACAUCACAACAGGGAACAGCUCUCAGCACAGCUCUGUCAUCGCACACUCGGCCAGUACUUCACCUUUGGCCUCCCAGUCUUCUUACAAUUUGCUGAGUCCCCCGGAUAGCUCUCGCGAACGGACAGAUUAUGUGAACUCUGCCUUCAUGGAGGAUGAAGCUCUUUCUCAACACUGCCCUGUGGAAAAGACAAUACGCCAUGUCCCAGUGGCCAUGGCAGAGCCUAGCAUUGGGGUAAAAAGACCACCCCCUUAUCAGUGGGAACCUAUGGUGAGCGAGGAGAUAUGGGUUCCUCAGGAAAGGACAGCUCAGAACACUUUGCCCAACCCUGUUAAGCCCAACCCUCUAGUUAUUGGCCAAGCUCAACAUCUGGAUAUAUCCCGAGCACCAUUUAUUUCCCCCAAGUCUCCAACCAGUCCUACUGCCACUUUCCAGAUGAGUUACGGAGUUGGAGCGCCAUAUGUGGGGGGCUAUAGUGUUCCUCCCCCUCUUCAGGGAAUGCAGGUUCCCUGUUCUCCCAAAGAAGCCCUGGCCCCUCCCCAGAUUGCACAACAAGAACCUACUGUCGUGCUUCAGCCAGGUUACCCCUCCAAUCUCUCUUAUUGCCCUUUGCCCCCCAUGUACCCUGGAAAUAGCACUUGCUCAAGUUUACAGCUGCCACCAAUGGCCUUGCACCCAUGGAAUCCCUACAGCACCUGCCCACCUGCUGCUCAGAGUGCCCAAAGCACUCUGCCCCCCAAGGCACUACUUGUGGUAGAGAAGCCUGUGAUGUCUCCACCACCCGCGGAACCUCAAGGUCAUGUCGGUUCAGACGUGAUGGCUGAGACAGCAGACAAUUUCCAAGAGGUCCUCUCCUUAACAGAAAGCCCUGUCCCUCAACGGACAGACAAGUUUGGAAAGAAGAACCGGAAGCGCCUGGACAGCCGUGCAGAGGAAGGAAACAUGCAGGCUAUCACAGAGGGGAAAGUGAAAAAAGAGGCCAGGACGACACUGACUGAUUUCAAUUCGCUGAUAUCGAGCCCUAGGCUGGGCAGAGAGAAGAAGAAAGUCAAAAGUCAGAAGGACCAGCUGAAGUCAAAAAAAUUGAACAAGAUGAAUGAAUUUCAGGAUAGUUCAGAGAGUGAGCCUGAACUCUUUAUUAGUGGGGAUGAACUGAUGAACCAGAGCCAGGGCAGUAAAAAGGGGUGGAAAACAAAAAGGAACUUGAGGACGGCUAAUGAACUUGAUGAGUUUAAGUGCAGAAAAGCAAAUGAAAAGGAAGACGGGCGUCUGGGAAGCCAGGGUUUUGUGUAUGUAAUGGCUAACAAGCAGCCUUUGUGGAAUGAAGCAACACAAGUUUAUCAGCUAGACUUUGGAGGGAGAGUGACCCAAGAAUCUGCAAAAAAUUUCCAGAUUGAGCUGGAAGGGAGACAGGUCAUGCAGUUUGGGAGGAUUGACGGCAAUGCUUACAUUUUGGACUUUCAGUAUCCGUUUUCAGCGGUGCAGGCCUUUGCAGUAGCUCUGGCUAAUGUGACUCAACGCCUCAAAUGAAAAGAGAAAGAGAGAAAGAAAAAGCGUAUAAAUCUUUCUCAUAAGGGCCAACCUGGGAAGUAUCAGGGAGGCCUGGCAGAGAUGCACAGAGGCAUCUAAGGGUAAAGAAGGACGUGCAACUGGAAAAAGUCUUUGAGUGCCCAAAGGAGGGCAUCAACUUUGAACAUUAUUGGGGAUGGGUGGGGGCUCUUUGGUUUGGGAUUUCUUUUCUUUGAAUCAACAUUGUGCUGGAUUUUCAGGGCAAGCAAAGGAUGAGAGCUAUUCAGUGUUAUGGUGGGAAAUGUGGCUUUUGGCUUGUUGUGAUGGUUCUUCUGUGUUUGCUGCAAAAAUAGCUAAUGUAAGCCAAUAGAAGGAUUUCAAAAGACUGCCUUUUUCCUUUCUCUCCCACCCACCCCCUGCCUCAUCCUUUUAUAGAUUGCCUUAUAUCACACUGUUUGUUUUGGAAGCAGGGAACAUAAAUUCACACCUUGAUUAUUUUGUAGUAUUGGCAUUGAUAAUAACAGCAAAAAGAGUGGGAACAAGAACAAAAGGUAUAAUAUACUUGAAGACACAUGCUUCUUCUCUGAUGAGAGAGGACUGUAAGCACUAUGGAGAAUUUUCAGAAAUCCAUACCUAGUUUUUAAACUAUAAUUCAUAAUUUUUGGGGGUGGGGAAGAGGCAAAAGCAAAGCUGUUACCUUUGGGAUAGUUUGCAAAAUACACUGUGUUGAAGAAGCCUUUUCUUGUGAUCUAUGGCUUAAGUAAUGACUUUGUUUCAGAAACGGGAAAAUUGAGAGUGAGGAAAUGGUGGAGAGAGCAGAAAAGGACGAGGCACACGGAUGUGAACAUGUUGAUUUAAGAUAUUUGUACCAGUUUUAGUACAAUUUAGUGAGAUACAUAUGCGUGACAUGGCGUGACACUUGAACAAAGGCCACAUCUGAUGGUCCUCAUUUCACAAUGUUUACAGCUAAAUAAAAACGUUUUCUUCGACCAAUUCCAGAAAUGUGAUCAAUCUGAGUUCCAUUACUUGAUAGUACUAACUGGGAACAUUGCAGGCAUAGGUUGGAGUGCUACCAGAGAUGGGGCAAAUUACUUUUUUGGACUACAAUUCCAAGAAUCCCCACCACCAGUAUGGCCAUUAGUUGGGGUACUCUGGGAGCUAUAGUUAAAAAAAAUCCACCAAAACUUUUCCUAUCUGCAAAUACUACCUGUCUGUAUCAAUAGUGAGACCCAAAGAGCCUGGUGAUAUUUGGGUGCCUGGGUGGAUCAAGGUUUAAUACAAAUCAGGAGAUCUCAUUGCUGGGCUGUUCCAGGAUUGGUUUGCAUAGAAAUCUGUGCAUUUGUAAAUGGAUCCACACAAGCAGACUGUAGUUAGGAUAAUAAUCCGUAGUUUCACUAAAAGAGGUUAAAGCCAAGAAGGCUGGAUGCUGGGAGGUGACAGAUGAAAGGGUUGCAGGGUGAUAAUGGUUGGAAUAAAGAUAGUCAGGCAAGGCCAGAAGUAGACCUUGUCCAGUGAAAAGCCUAGGGUUGACCUAAAGAAAUACAUAGCAGGAGUAGGCAACUCCAGUUCUCUAGAUGUUUUUGGCCUAUGGCAGUCCUGACCUCAUAGCCAAUGGAGAGGCAUUAUGAGGAUUAUAGCCCAGAAACUCCUGGAGGGAUAUGGUUGCCCAUGCCUGAUUAGUAACAUGCCAGACCAAGAAGAACCGGGAAUUGCUCUAAAUCAGGCUUGUCCGACCUGCAGCCCGAGGGCCGCAUGCGGCCCAGGUCAGCUCAUA